AUGGAUGGAAAAACUGUUAUUAUUACAGGAAGUAAUACUGGUAUUGGAAAAUAUACAGCUAUUGAAUUAGCUAAACGAGGUGCUCAUGUUAUUUUAGCAUGUCGAGAUCGAAAACGAGCAGAAGAAGCUUUAAAAGAUAUAUGUAGAUUAUCAGGAAAUAAUAAUGUCGAAAUUGAAAUGCUUGAUCUUACUUCAUUAAAAUCAGUUCGUGAAUGUGCCAAACGACUUCGCGGAAGAUUAUCAAAAUUAGAUGUUUUGAUAAACAAUGCGGGUGUUAUGAUGGCUACAGGAAAGUCAGUUGAUGGUUAUGAAAUUCAUUUUGCCGUCAAUCAUCUUGGUCAUUUUCUAUUAACAAAUCUUCUAUUAGAUUUAAUGAAAAAAGCUCCCUCAGCUCGAAUUAUCAAUGUUUCAUCUAUUAAUCAUGCCUUUUUCAAUUGUACAAUUAAUUGGGAUGAUAUAAAUUUUGAAAAACCACAUUGGAGAAUAAACGCAUAUUCACAUAGUAAAUUAGCAAAUAUUUUAUUUACAAAUGAAUUAGCACGCAGAUUAAAAGGUACAAAUAUUACAGCAAAUAGUCUUCAUCCUGGUGUUGCUCGAAGUGAAGUCAUUCGAUAUAUGUGUGGUCGUUAUCAAAUAAUAUUAAAUUUUUUAAUUUUUCUUAUCACACCUAUAUGGUGGUGUUUAACUAAAAAUCUUGAACAAAGUGCUCAAACAUCUAUUUAUCUUGCAUGUGAUCGCCAUUUAGAUAAUGUUACAGGAAAAUAUUUUAGUGAUUGUCAAGAACGUCAAUCAUCAAAAAUAUCUCGUGAUGAACAAGCAGCUGAACGUCUUUGGAAACUUAGUGAAGAAAUGACACAGUUAAACGAUGCAUUAAAAGAAGUUCGAAAUGAACAAAAUGAUUAA